AUGCCUUCGCUGCGUUCCAUCUGCGUCGGUCUCCUCAUGACCCCUCUCCACCAAUUCUCAAGCGCCACGCGAAUUAUAGUCGAACCAUCAACAUCACGAAACCCCACACUCCCCCAUGACGUCGUCCUCCCCGGGAUAGACCUCAACUUCCGGUACGCGCUGAUCGGACGCGGAACGCAAAACUACACCUGCGCCACCGCCUGCGGCCCGGCUGUCCCCGUCGGCGCAGUCGCCACCCUCUUCGACGCCACAGCCCUCGCCCGGCUCUCCCCCUCCAUGCUGCACACCAUCCCCCCUUUAGCCGUAGACCAGCCGAUCCCGGCCGCCGGCGAGGCCUUCCAAGUCGGCACAGCCCCGCCCCUCAUGCCCAUCGGGCGGCACUACUUCGACGCGGCGGGCGUGCCGGUCUUCGAGCUGUCGGGCGUCAACAAGGUCCUGUACGCGACCCGGGCCGCCAACGUCUCGGCACCGGAGGGCUCGAAUCCCGGAGCGGGCGGGCGGGGUCAUGGAGCCGUUGACUGGCUGCUCCUGGUUGCGAAGCAGAACUACGUGGCGGAGAGUGUGGGGCUGGGUGCUGCGUACCGGGUCGUCACGGCUGGGGGGAAGGCCGUCUGCGAUCGAGAGGGUGCGCAGCAGGUCGAUUACGCGGCCGAGUAUUGGUUUUACGCGUGA